AAGCACCUAAUCUCCACCCCUCGCACUUUCUUCGCUCUUUCUUCAUAUCACCACUCAGGUCUCUCUCUCCGCCGUACCCGAAACUCAAUGGCCGAAACUCCAUCUCAGUCGCCGCCGCCGCGAUCCGUCUCCGACACGGAGACCGAGACGGAGGCGCAGCCGCAGGAGUACUGGUGCUACCACUGCAACAAGCGCGUCUCCGUCGAGACCGUCGCCAACCUCCCGGACAUCGUCUGCCACGACUGCAAGAACGGGUUCGUGGAAUCGAUUCCACUGUCGGAUCAUCCUCUUUCCCGGCCGUCCGAUCAGGCCGACGACCCGACCUUCGGCUCCCCGUUCCUCCAGGUGCUCCGGCUGAUCGCGCAGGCGGCGCGUGAGGAGGACGCGCCCCCGCCGCUGCCUCAGAACCCCACCCCCGAGGAGGAUUUCCUCAGGAUUGAGCUCGACGGCUGGGACAACGACGAGGACGAGGACGAGGACGCGCACAGCGUCGAGUUUCACAAUGAAGGCGGCGAGGAAAACGAGGAGGCGGAAGAGGAGGAGGAAGAAGAAGAGGAUAGAUCUGAUCGCGAGGAGGAAGAGAAUCAAGGAGAUCGGCAAGAGCGAGACGAAGAAGACCUGCGACGGCGUCGUCGCGAUGUGCUGCGUCUCCGCAUCAGAGACAUUGCUACCCGGGCCCGGAGCGGGAGGAACCGGAUUCUCGAUUGGGCCGAGAUCUUGAUGGGCCUGGAGGACAACUCCAUCGAAUUGCGGUUCGAGAUGCCCGAAUCGGAUCGUUACGUAGGCAAUCCUGAGGAUUACGUGGACGCAGCUGGGUAUGAAGCUCUGCUUCAGACCUUGGCGGAGAGCGAUAGCAGUGGAAGGAGAGGAGCUCCACCGGCUUCGAAAGCAGCCGUAUCGGAAUUGACAGCGGUGGAGAUUAAGUCUGUGGAUGAGGCUGUGGUUUGUGCCAUAUGCAAGGAUAUGGUUAAUGUUGGUGAAAUGUCAAAGAAGCUGCCAUGCGGGCAUGGAUAUCAUGGUGACUGCAUUGUGCCAUGGCUGAGCUCUAGGAAUUCCUGCCCGGUUUGCCGGUUUGAGCUGCCCACCGAUGAUCCUGAAUAUGAGGAGGAGAGGAAGAAGCAAGCUGUCAAUGUGAGUGCCGGAGCUUCGGGUUCUGGUGGAGAUAAUUCAGUCUCCGGCUGAAAACGAAUUGGUAUUACAAUUAUAAUAUGCAAUGCCCCCUUUUUAAUUUUUGUUCUAUUUGUAAUCUAUUUAUGUUGCUUUUGGUUGUUUAUUAGUUUAGUAGUCGAUUAGAAGAAGAAAUUGAGAUUAUUUUUUAUCUUUUUUCAUUUUCUUCUGGAUGUAAAUAACAUUUCAACUCAACUGUUGCUGGUGUUUGCUCAUGUUUAA